AUGGAAGCAUAUUCGAAAAGAGGCAGAACUAUUGUAAGACGCAUUCAUAUGGCAUUAUUAUCAUGUCUUCCGGUAAACAUUAUUGAUAAUGAAAGAUUGAAUGUGAAUGAAGAAACAGGAAUGAAUGUAGAAUUGAGAGAAAUUAUUGUUCCUUCUGAAGUGUAUCCUCAACAAUCUGUGCAAGCGACUAGAAAUUGUCGGUUGAGGUUUCUAUUUGCUUCUGAUAUUGCUGCCGAACAACCAGAACCAGCUACACGAACAUUAUUGCAAAUGCCGAAGGAUGAGCCAUAUAUAGUGCAUACAUCAGUUCACUAUACAAAUUGUCUCGUACCAAGACUUGAUUUAAUUAUUGAUUCAUCAUACUAUUGGGGUAUUAUGGAUCGUUAUGAGGCAGAAGCAUUACUGGAUAACAAACCAGAAGGUACCUUCUUAUUACGUGAUAGUGCACAGUCUGAGUAUUUAUUCUCAGUAUCGUUUCGUCGAUAUAAGCGGACGCUGCAUGCACGUAUUGAGCAAAAAAAUCAUCGCUUCAGUUUUGAUUUUUCCGAUCCAUCAAUUUAUUCUGCAAACACGAUAACUAAGCUUAUUUCAUAUUAUAAAGAUCCGACUAAGUGUUUAUUUUUUGAACCACAGUUAUCGGUACCGUUACCAAGAAAUUUUGUUUUCUCACUACAGCACCUUUGUCGUGCUCGUAUAGCAAGUUUGACGACUUACGAUGGUGUCGAAAAAUUGAAUUUGCCAGUUUCACUGAAAAAUUUUAUUAAGGAAUAUCAUUAUAAACAUCCCGUGAAAACAGUAAAUUAUACACCGGAUACGGAUCUCCUACAUGCUUACACUUUAUCAUCAGUUGAAGCUAUGGUGACUGGAGCAAAUAGUGCUCCAUCUUGA